UGCGCGCAGCUUUCACCAUGAACGAGGUCGACGGGAUGCAACCUUCUUUCAACCGCCAUGUCAAAUGAUAUCGAGUUAGACGUUCUCUCAUCCAGCAGACCGACAGAGCAGACUACUGAGGACGCUGCUUCAGCCGGCCCUGACAUCACCAGCAAUGGCGAGGAUCAGGUGGUCACCCUUUGGGCAUAUGUUUCAACUGCAUUACUCUCUUCUCUAGCUAUUCUAAUGAUACUUUUCCCUGGUGUCCUGUUGUUUAGCGCAGAAACGCCGAGCGAGCAUCGAACUACCCUCACAUCCUUGGAAUCGUACCUGGCUCUGAAUGGGGGCAUCAUGCUACUUGCUUUCUCGAUGGCACUGUUAUUCAAUAUUCCGUCAAAUGAGCCAAUCGUAGAAACUGAGACUCAGAGCUCCAAGGGACACCCUUUGCUCGUCCCGUUGACUGUAGCUUGCACAGUUAUAGCCUUCCUUUCGUAUAAUACAACAACAGUGUCAUCCCUCGCCUUCCUUAUCUUCCUUGGUGCAGCCAUCAUAGGCGGAUGGGGUUGGUGGACGGUAAGGCGUGUUUAUUUUCGAUUUUACUUUUUAUAUCUGAGCACCUUUCUAGAUAUUAUUUGCUGGAUCCUCAUACCGUUCACGGAAGACGGGGGCAGACAAACGAACGUCCCGGUUUCUUUUUGGUAACAGGUCUGCUGCAUCUGUCCAGAAGAAACAAUGGAAGAAAGAGCAGCAAGCUAAGGCUCGCUAGGAUUCCUUGGAAACUAAUUUAUUGGUAUCAGUACUCUGCUAUUACUGGAAUAAUACUUCUGCAAAAAAAAACUCGACUCCCUGGACAAUCCUGUGAUCUGGGGAGGCUAUCAAAAUUCUAUGAUAUAUAUGCUUGAGAUAAUACAACACAAAGAAACUACAU